UGGCUGCCGGCGUCGGGCCACGCCGGUGACGGCCGGAGAGCGCCGGGUCGGGGCCGGUUUUGCGGAAGGGUCUGGAGACCCGAGGUGCGGGCAGCGAGGACGUGCGGGCAGCGAGGACGUGCAGGCGGAGAUCCGAGGCACGGGCAGCCGAGCCCGGGGGCCCACGGCCAGUCCCCGGCCUCAGUUUCCCGGGGUGCGGCGUGUGCGCCCCCCAAGCCACGUGCUCCGGCCUCCACGCCGUCCCGACGCGGCGCCCUUGACGGAUUGGGAGAGAGGCCCGGAGCCUGAGCGCCCGCACCUUUCUGCAGGUUCCGAUGGCGGCGGCGCAGACAGACCCGGCGCAGGGCCUAAUGGCCUUUGAAGACGUGGCUGUGUACUUCUCUCGGGAGGAAUGGGGGCUCCUGGAUGCAGCCCAGAGGGCUCUGUACCGCCGUGUGAUGCUGGAGAACUUCACGCUCCUGGCCUCGCUGGGACUCUCUGUCUCCCGACCCCACGUGGUCAUCCAGCUUGAGUGUGGCAAGGAGCCCUGGGUUCUCAAUGGGACAGAUGUGACCCUGGCCAGGAAUGCCCAGAGGAGGCCGAGCCCUGGUGAGUGGGGGCUCAGGGGUGUGAGCUUGGGGCCAACCUAUGGCCAAGCUUCUGUCCACCUUCCCUCCUGGAUGCUCUCCUCUCCAGCUUCCCACCCGACCGACUCCUUUCACCAUCAGCCUCUUCUGGAGGCUCCGGCUUUGGCUGCCCUUGAAGGGGAGCUCCAAGGGCCACCCCCAGGCCGUGGUGAGACCUGCUCAGAAUCCCACCCUCAGCCAGUCUGUGUGGCCUCAGACCCUGCCCGUCUUCCCUCACCACCUCAUCUGUGGGGCCGUUUGUUCACGUGUUCAUCGUUGAGCACUUGCAGUGGCCAGUCCCGUUCGCGGCACUGGGGACACAGCCUUGCCCAGACCGCUCCUGGUCCUGCCUUUGUGGGGUUGACCCUGCUAGGGGAGAGGCAGUCAGCAAGCAGAGCUGCUUCCCCUCAUCUGGCAGAGGACAGAGAUGUUUCUGGAGAAGCAGCAUUGCCAGGGGCCUUCCAGGACGGCCCCCCUCUGGCACCGACUAGGGUUCUCCCCAGUGCUGGUGCCUCUGAGCGUGGGAAAAGCCUGGAGGGUCGGCGCGGCGUGUCCCCCUCUCGGGAGAGGAAACCCACAGGGGUGUCUGUGAUCUACUGGGAAAGCGGCGAGGCCAGCGUCAGCCUGCGGCUGACCUCUUCUCUGCGGGCCCCACCCGGGGAGAAGGCCCUCGCAGACCACCCUGCACCAGGCAAGCAGCCGAGGGCAUCGGAGCGGCAGAAGCUGUACGCAUGUGAGGCCCCGGGGAGAGCCUUCCCGGGCGCCCCAGAGGCUCAGGGGGACCGAGGAAUGGGUGAGGCUUGGCGCGAGCCUCAGAGACUGCUCGCUGUCUCAGAGCCCCCGACCUGGGCCGAACUGGGCGAGGCCCUGCACGCUGGACCCGGCCUCCUCUCUGGGGAGAAGCCCUUCGAGUGCAGGGCAUGCAGCAAGGUGUUCGUGAAGAGCUCGGACCUGCUGAAGCACCUGCGCACCCACACCGGGGAGCGGCCGUACGAGUGCGCGCAGUGCGGCAAGGCCUUCAGCCAGACGUCGCACCUGACGCAGCACCAGCGCAUCCACAGCGGAGAGACGCCCUACACGUGCCCGGCCUGCGGCCAGGCCUUCCGGCACAGCUCCUCGCUGGUGCGGCACCAGCGCAUCCACACGGCCGAGAAGGCCUUCCGCUGUGCCGAGUGCGGCAAGGCCUUCAGCCACCGCUCCAACCUCAGCCAGCACCGCAAGAUCCACGCCGGGGGCCGGCCCUACGCGUGCACGCGCUGUGGCCGCAGCUUCUGCCGCAACUCGCACCUGAUCCAGCACGAGCGCACGCACACCGGCGAGAAGCCCUUCGCCUGCGCGCUCUGCGGGGCCGCCUUCAGCCAGGGCUCGUCGCUCUUCAAGCACCGGCGCGUGCACACCGGCGAGAAGCCCUUCGCCUGCGCGCAGUGCGGCCGCGCCUUCAGCCACAGCUCCAACCUCAGGCAGCACCGGCUGCUGCACACGGGAGAGCGGCCUUUCCGUUGCUCGGACUGCGGCAAGGCCUUCGCCAAGGGCGCCGUGCUGCUCAGCCACCGACGCAUCCACACGGGCGAGAAGCCCUUCGUGUGCGCACAGUGCGGCCGCGCCUUCCGCGAGCGCCCGGCCCUCUUCCACCACCAGAGGCUCCACACCGGUGAGAAGCCAGCGCGGCGGCCCCGGGCCAGCUCGCUCCCCCAGGCCAGGCCUCCUUCGGGGGCAUCGUGUGAAGGCACACUGGGGAGGGAAGCCGGGCCCACUGCUGCCUCGGGCCCAGCCACGGUUCCGAAGACGGCUGAGCCUUGAGGUCGCAGCCCCGACCUUCCCCGGCCUGUUGUGAGUCCCUUCCAUGGGUACGGGGCCCCGCCCUCUGCAGAGCCACGCUGUGGAGAAGCUCUGCGCGUGCACUGCCAUUCCCCCUGCACGUGGUGACAAGAUUUGCCUCUUGUCAGCCACAGCUCACUCCUCCAGCCCCAAGCGGUCACGCUGAACAAAGGCCAGGGGGAGGCCAGCAUGGUGCUGCCAGUUCGCCCAUAUUUUGACUGUGCGCGCGAACGGGAAGCGCUGGGGCGGGGUGGAGGUGGUCCUGAGAACUUUCUGAGGUUUACACCCAACCUGCAGGGUCUGUGUGGAACCUCUCCACCCCUACCCCCAGCGUAUUCCCCCAGCCCUCAGUUCAUCCAGGGCUUCCUGGGAACAGGCCCAGAAGACAGGAAGUCAUGGGGGAGGCAGGUACUGGCUUCGGACAAGUGGCUGGGCUCUGAGCCUCAGCUCCCUCCUCUAGGGAAGAGAAAAGAUUCAGCCCUGCAGAGGGUAUUUGCAGCACCCUGACAGGCAGCAUCUUGAUAAGGGCCAAUAUGUGCCAACCGCCAGCCCCCGUUCUGAGCGCUGCACAGUUUCUCCUGACAGCUCUGUGAGGUGGCUGCUGUUAGUAUCCCCACUUCUCAGAUGAGGAGACUGAGGCACAGAGAGGGGACGUGAGUUGCACAACAGCAGGGCCACUGGCCCAGCAUCCAGAGAGCUCACCACUUUACCCCACACUUAGCCUGCCAGCUCUGAGGGCUGGGUGAAGCCUGCGUGGCUUGCGGCUCACGGCGGACCCUCAGGAGGUGGAGGAGGGUGGGGGCGGGAAGUCCCCGGGUGAAGGACGGAGAUUGAGAGUGAUGGUUCCCCAGCUGUGCUGGUGCAUUCAGAGUGUGGUCCAAGCCUCAGCUUCGGCCGUGUCCUGUUGUUACCGAAGUCAGCGAUACAGGAGCCUUUCCAUCCCCACUGCCUUGACUGGAGGUGACCGUAACAACAGGUGCAGAGGAGACAAGAUGGGGCUGCUUGAUUCUCUGGGGUCCAAUGGCCACGUGCCUGCCAUUACCUAAGGCUGUGUGUGGCGCCCUCCCAAGAUCUCCUCCCCAGUGUGACAUAACCCACAGGGUGGGGACACUGAGGCAGACAAGUUAGGUGGGGGCCUGGUUGGCUUCUUGUGGCCUUCAACAGACAAGCCCCAUCUCCACCUUAGGCCUCACCCGCAGGGAAGUUAAUGGUGUUUUUACUGGGGGUAAAAAAAGACUAGAACUUACAGCUUGGAAUGGAUGGACACUGUAAAUUCUUGCACGGCACUGUGUAGGUCCACAGCCUCAGCCUCCAGGUCAUGGUUCAGAAGGUUUUAACAAUACAGAGUCCAGAGAGGCUCUCUAAUAAAGGUUUCUUUUUAAAAACGUGAGUGGUAGCAGCCUGAAACCGGUUUCAUCCCAGCACGAUGCAAACGUGUCAUCACACAGCUGCAGGGACUUGGCUUCAACCCUGGUCCCUUUGAGAGGCCUCAGGGUAGAGGUGCAGCCUGUCUGCGGCCCACCGAAGGUCUGUGUCCCCUUGGCAGCCAAGAGACAUGGACAGGGUGGGGCUGCCCCAAGCAGCAGCUCUGUUGGGACAUGGGCCUUUGUGGAUCCAGGCCUUGGAAUCUGAGGCAGGGGGCACACGUGGAGACCCGAAAGGUUGACCCCAACCCAGUGGGUGCUCCCGUUCAAUCACCUCAAAGACCUCGCAGGUAUCUGCCAUUGCCAAAGAACAGAGACGUGACACCCCCAACUCUCCACCUGCCAGCAGGGUUCCGCCCCUGAAACCUCCCAAGUUCCUGCAAGGAAAGGAGACAAGGGGUAGGGAGAAGAGUCACACAGGGCCAGCUCCCCAAAACUCCUCAAGGGCAGGUCCUCUGAGCCAUUGUCCACCCCUCUUGGGGCCCAUCCUCUCUCUGAGCUGGUCC